AUGACGGAGCCAACCAUAGCUAGAGACUCGGUCGAGGCGCUGUCCACGCAUGCACCGACGACAAUACCAGAAGAGCCGACACCAAGCACGCCCGCCUCGCCUGCCAUACCUCGAGAUUCGGCCUCGUCUGAACCAGGCCCUUCGUCAGAAAUCGCACAUAUAGAGCCGCCUCAAUCGUCGCAGAGCAGACCGCCAGCAGGUCGAUUCAUCGAGAACAUCUCAUCAGACGGAUCGCGUGCGUCCGCCGAGGACGAAGAGGGACAGCCAAUGAGCGCCAGUACAGCGACCCACGACGUGCCGGAGAUGGAGAUGCGCGAUGCGCGAUCCACCAGGACCGGGUCGAUCCUUCGUCGAGGGUCACAGAAGAAGGUCCAGCCAAGUAGGCUGGUUGCUGCAGGAUCGACGUCGCAACACGGUCACGAGUACAUCUCGCCGAGCACAGAGGGGAGUACGCAGCGCGACAGUCCGCAUUUGAACCACCUCAGCUCGCCCUCGGAUGAAGGGCAAACCUCCAGGGCAUUCAAGAAGAUCAAGGGCGAGCGAUUCGACGGACACACGCCUAGCCCUCCUACCAGCAACACUGACAACGAUCACGACAACGACGGCGAGGAAGAGCGGCACCCGGUGCUGGAUGCGCUCUACCCGCUGACCAACUUUAUCGGCUACCGACCGCUGUCGCAUCCGCACACGCCGGCCGAUCGACGAUUAUCCCGCCAUGAUCCGGGAUUCAGUCGGUUUCAUCAUAUCUGCGGCCAGAUCCUCACCUUUGGCCUUCCCGUGUCCGGCUCAACAGGCGAGACCGCACGGUACCGCGAUCCUCACACGGGCAGAAUCGAGUUCGUUCACAUGUAUCGCGACCAGGUUGGGGCGAAAGUGGUCAACUCGAUCCACUCGGUCAUUGCAGCUUGGGUCAUCAUCGCUCUGCUAUCUUUGCUGAGCCGAUCGCCGUUCCACCGUGCGCACAAUGCGCCGCUCAUCAUCGGUGCCUUCGCCACCGAAGCCGUCGUCUCGUUCUACGCCUUCCGCACGCCUCUCGCUCAGCCCAAAAACAUCCUCUUCGGCAACACCAUCUCGGCCAUCAUCGGCGUGGCCAUGACGAAAGCUUUCCAGAGUACGAACUACACCGUCACGGGCGUCUAUGGGAUCGACUGGGCGGUGGCAGCUACGACGGUGGCAGCAGCGCUGUUUGGCAUGCAGAUCCUCGGCUUUACGCAUCCACCAGGUGCAGCAAUAGCAAUCCUGGCGGUGACGAAUCAAGAAACGCACGACCUCGCCUGGUGGUUGGUGCCAAUCGUCAUCUUUGGCUCGCUCAUCGUCAUUGGUUGGGCGAUGAUCAUUAACAAUGUCGGGGGCAGGAGGUACCCGGAGAACUGGUUGUACGCGAACGCGUUCCUCGAGCCGCCCAUCAUUGGGCCGGAAAGGCUGCCGUUCAACAACUCGCCCUGGCACCCGCCAAGGUCGCGGCACGGGCAGAAGAGGAAGAGGGAAAGAGCGGCGGCGGAGCAGGAGAAGGGUUUCUACAGGGUGCCGGAUUCGGGGGCGAGGGUCACACAUGGAUUCGGGUCGUCUGCAAAGACGGCGACUGAAGCUCCGCCCAAGACAGGGGCUGCCGCAGGAGCGACGUCACAGAACACUACAGAAGCGGCAACGGAGAACGAGAAGGUGUCGUUGGGAACGCAAGUCGUUGGUGGAUCUAAGCAGUCGCUAGGCGCAGGAACGAAUAGCAAUGGGGACGAUGGCAGGACGACGAGGGCUUCGCAAGUCACCAAGGUCGAAUCGAUUGAUGCGUCCGCUGUGCCACCGGUCCCGUCAAACAGUACCACGGCGAACGCCGGUAGCAGAGCUGCCCAGCACGCCUUCCCAAUUCACGGACCAACAUCAUCGACAGGCCACUCUGCGACUGCACCGUCAGCAAGCGGCUCCAAAAUGAUCGAACAGGACGCCUCGUUGGUCUCACGAAACAACUCCAAGAGCAGCAAGAAGAGCCGUCGAUCCGUUAUCAUUCACGUCAACGAGAACAGGCGGGCUUCCGCUAGCUCGGCCAGCAAGAUUCCGCCGGUGCCUGCCGUGCAGUGGCGAGGCUCUCAGACCGGUCAUGGAGACGUGUAG